AUGCAUCGUGUCGCCGCUGGCUUGUGCUUGUCAUUGCUCUUUGGGCCCUGCAGCAUACUUGGACUUGGCCUCCCGACCGACUCGCGGAAAGCCGCUCUGGGUCGAGUAGUUCUCGAUGCGGCAGGCAAUUUCGAGGAUGUGAUGGCGCCUGAGGAGUCUUGGGAGGUGGUUAGGGACAGUCCUUCCAAGCUGGAUGAGACCCUUGGCUCAUCUCACCCAGGCCGGGCAGAAGUGCAACAGACCGAUCAAGAGACCGUGGCCGCAGAGCCCCCAGCCUUCGUGAGCCAGACGGAUGUGGAGGACUUUUCUUUUCGACGGAGGAGGUCGCGGUAUGGGCCGCUUAGGCCUAGGCUGCCCCCUAGAGCGGAAAGGGAAAGGCGGCAACCCAGAGCAACUAGGCUGCCCCCUAGAGCGGAAAAGCCCAGAGCAAGCAGCAGACGUGCGCAAAAUUCUCUCACUCACGAUCUCUGUAGCGGGAAGAAAUCAGCAGGACAGAAGCACCUGCUCAUUAACCUGGUCUUGACACAUUACGGCGAUUGCAGCAUUGUCGGGGACGGGCUGUUCUUGAAUCUGCAUGGCACCCUACUCAUCACGGGGAACUUGUACCUGCAAGGACAAGUAAGGAUUAUGGGCUCCAAAAAACAUUUGAGUGGACGCUGCUUGGUGGUUGAGCAAUCACUCAUCGUGGCAGAUGGUGCAGCAGUGCACAUUUCUUUCUGCGAUCCUUUCGGAUGUGCAGAAGUUGGGGAAAUUAAACAAGCGGGUGGGCAUCUUCAACUUUCGCGCUGCGAGGCCCUUUAUGAUGGCGGUUGCCUGCGUGUGCUUCGUGGUCUCAAGCAAACUGCCGGCACAAUUAGUAUGGUCAGGUGCACUGCGCACGCCCGUGCGGGUCCUGGUGGCUGCAUGGCUUUCACUUCCAAGGAUCCCGAUAUUCAAACAUCAGGGAAGCUAGAACUUGAGGAGUGCGGCGGAGGAGGUGUAUCGAUGCGGGGUGACAGCCAGACAACUUGGCAGGGAGGCGGAACUGGUCAAGUCAUCAUUAAGGACUCUUCAGCAGACUUUGGGGCAGGUUUGAAUGGAGGAGGUUUGCUUUUGAGUGGCCUCACCAUGGUCGUGGACAACGUUCACGCCAAAAAGCAAGGAGGCGGCUUUAGACUUCGCGGUUUGACGCUCAAGAAUGCAAAAGUAAGCAUCCGUGACAGCUCUGCGAAGCAAGGUGGUGGGGGCAUCGCCCUUGAUGUAGUGAAGGGAAACUUAAGCGUUCACGGAGGGUUUCUCCGGGUAGAGCGCUGCCACGCAACGUUUGGUGGCGGGGGCGGUUUGCUUGUCAAUGGGACGCUCCUUGCCGAUGAAAAUGCCGAGCUCCUUGUUGCCAACUGUUCAGCGUCGCGCAGCGGGGGCGGAGCGGCUCUUGGCGAACUGAGACUCGCUGGACAUGCCCAUGUCAGCAUCUCAGACUGUGAUUCAAGGGAGUUCGGCGGAGGCCUCUACCUUGAUGGCAGGUGGCAGUCGAGCAACGCUGUAUUCCAAGCUCGAGACUGCACAGCCCGCAGCAGUGGAGGAUGUGCCUCCGUGGGAACUGUGGAUGUUGCGGGUCCCGGGAGCAUCUUCAACUUCACCGCAUGCACUUCGAAGCGUGGAUUUGGAGGAGGCCUGCAUGUUAGGGGCUUGAUGAUCGGCCGGGAUUUGACCAUGUCGGUUUCCGAGGGAACUGCGCAGGAGGGAGGAGGUUGCGCUUGGUCGAAGGAUGCAGAUUUCAGUGGGGGCCAGAUGACAUUCAGCAUUUGCCACGCGGGACAUGGAAAUGGUGGAGGAUUGAUGUUGCAGGGCUCUUGGAACAGCAGAAAAACCUCUGCCACCUUCCAGGAUUGCAGGUCGGGUGUCAGUGGCGGUUGUUUUUUCUCGAAGGAAGCGGAGCUCACAGAUUCUUCGUUGAAGUUCGAUCAGUGCUCCGCAGUGUCAGGUCAUGGCGGAGGGCUCCGUGUGGAAGAUUCGCUUGUCAUGAAGAACGGCCUCCUGUCAGUCACCGAUGGCUCUGCGGGAAAAGGAGGAGGCUGCAUUGACGUGAAGCACUUCCAGGCCUCCCAGGGGGAAGUUACUUUGGGAAGAUGCCGGGUUGAAGAGGGAGAUGGCGGAGGCCUGCUUCUGCGUGGGAGGUGGACAAGUGAGGACAGCUUGGUGACCAUCAAGGACUGUGCCGUCACUGGCAACGGUGGCUGCGCUGCCAUGGGCUUUGCGCAGGUUACUGGUUGGAGGAGCAAAGUCAAGCUAGAGCAAUGCAGAGCCAUGCAAGGUUCUGGAGGUGGCUUGCAGAUUCGCAGUAAAUUGAUCACGAAAGAUGCUGACUUUUCACUGACACAGUGCAAGGCCAGCAAAGGUGGAGGUUGUGCCAUCAUCCAAAAUGCAGAUAUGGCCGGUGGAAAGUUAAGCUUUUUAAGCUGCAAUGCGCAGUCGGAAGGUGCUGCUGGCGGAGGCUUGCGUGUCGACGGCAAGUGGACAGCCCGUGAUACUAUUAUGAGCUUCGAAGACUGCAGUGCUGGCAGUCGGGGAGGUUGUGUUUCCGUUGGCAAUUUGAACAUUGCCGGAGCGAAGCGCAUUAGCUUCAAGACAUGUAAAGCCGGCAGGGGUGGGGGGGGAAUCUUUCUGGCCCAACAUUCCGUGAUUCGGUCUCCAGUACAAUUCGAGACCUGCUUUGCUGACGAAAGUUCUCGCAGUGGAGCAUUGCAUUCGCAUUCCAGCCUCGAGCUUGGGGAAGCUCACUUUAUUGGUGGCCACACCUUGCAGGUUGACGGUGACAUGUCUGUUCAAAGGUUCCAGUUGCAGGACAGCACUGAAGCUGGGAUUUUCAGCGUGGACGCCAAAAGUCUGGAUUUGAAAGAGUUUUUGGAUUGUCGUAGGAUGUCGGAAUGCAGCCUAAAAAGCCAGAGCCAGACGGCUUUGAAGGUGGCAGGAGUACAGUGCUCCGCACGAAGUGGCCGCUUUGUCACGGACAAGUCCCUGGAGUGUAGGAGAUGUCCUGGAGACACAGUUCAGCUGGAUAUUUCCGGCCGGGGACCUUGCAUGAGUUGCCCCAAGGAGGCUGAGAAGUGCAUCGUGAACCAGCUGAUCAUGCGCAAUGGAUUCAUGGUCAACCUGUCGAAUGUGAGCCAUUCCCUGCACUGUCCGAACCCUUCUGCCUGCACAGGGGGUGAUGUUUCGGAGCCUUUGUGCUUGCCUGGGCAUCAAGGCCCAGGCUGCGCUGACUGCGCAGAUGGCUAUGCGCGCUCCGAUGGUAGUGUGCUGGUGUGCGCCAAGUGCGAUUCAUCUUUGCAGAAAGCAAAGCAUUGGCUGAUGCUGGCUGUUAAGAGUACUGUAAUCUUCGGGUUGCAGGCGAAGGAUGUCCUGAGUGCCACGGAUGAGGUGAAGCUCAGCAGUGUUUUGAUGAAUCAGCUCAUGUCAUUUGGCACUGUGACGGCUACAGUUCUUGCAGCAGCUAUGCAAACUGCUACAGCCACCAGUGUCUUUGAGUCCUUGCUUGUAAGCUUCGCGGAGAACGUUGCAGAUGUUACUGCUAGCUCCAGUGGUGGUGUCAGCCACUCGACGGAGUGCACGAUCGCUGCUUUGGGUUGGAGACCAGAUUUGUGGCGGGUACAGCUGCUGAGUGGCGCUUUUCCAGCCCUUCUCAUUGCAGCUUGUGCGGUGCUGCGAAGUCAUAAGGUUGCACUGCUCGUUGGGAUCAAUUGUUUCUUCCCGGAUGUCAUGGCUGCCUGGAGCAAGUAUGGAGUUUGCUAUCGUGUCGAGGCGGAGGGAACGCACAGUGUUUAUGGCCUUCGAUGCCCGUACUUGCCAGAUGGUUCUGGUUCUCGCAUGCUGUUGCUUGUGUUUUUGGCCAUCAUUGUCAUGGUCAUAGGGGUGUCAAGCCUGUGGAUGUCCUUGAUCUACCACAGGCCGAAAACUACAGAUGAGAUACCGCCUAAGCAUGUCAUCUUUUUCACACGGCCCUACAAGAAGAGGCUUAGCUUAUGGGAAGGUGAGCGGCUGAUCCGCAAGACCUCACUGAAGAUGAUCUCGGCUGCUUUUCCUGUCACGUACUCCCCUUCGUUGCAAAUGCUAUUCUUGAGCAUUGUGCUAUUGUCGGCUCUGUUCCUCUAUGGCUUGAUCCACCCCUACCAGUCCAAGCUGUGGAAUCGUCUUGAGAUUGCUUUGUUGGCGGCUGCCUGCAUGAUGACUUGCUGUACCAGCUGCAUGUUAUCCAACGAUGCGCACUGGGGUCGAAGUUCCUUGGCGCAGCAGCUUCUCCUCUCCAGCAUUGCUGCCAUGGGGGGUGGGAUUUGUGUUGCCCUGAUUUAUGGGUGCCUUUCAGCGAUGCGGCGCGAGAGGGCUCAGAAGAAACUCUUGGAGCAACAGGCAACUCAGCAAACUCCUAGUCUGCAGAUGGUGGGGCCGGUGGAUGAGGCAGAGAAGGCCCCUGGCGGAAGCGCCUGA